GGGUCCGCAGACUGAAACAGUUUCCGAGCGAAUCCGAGCUUGCCAUGUCUUCUUGCCGGUCAGAGAAAAUCUUAUUUCUCGUACUCAAUUUCACGUUGAUGUCUUACGGUGUUCUAUCCAAGACGGCGAACGCAGACAUCGCGGAUAUUCUACAUCGACCCAUCAGGAGUCUAACGUUUCCAGAGAGUAGUACUAUGGGUAUCUUCGUCGCUCUCGCUGUGCCACUCGAGGAUCCUCUAAAUUCGGUCUCUUUGUCGUACUUCUUUGAAGCCAGCUACAACUUACCCCCGAACGUAACGUACUUCGAGCCUUGGGCGCGUAAAAGAAGAAAGCGAAAUAUCGACAGAACCACGAUCUAUCAGGUUCUGGAAAGUAAAUUCGAGAGCUACGGGCAUCCCGGAAGGCGGUGUCUGCUGAGAGCAAUCUGCGAGACCUCGGAAUUUCCGCUUCGGCACAACGGGAUGAUCGGCGACAUCGUGCACGUGAUUUUUACCCCGAGUGCUUCGAGAAACGAGGAACUGCCGCAAGAUGUUGUCGAGGCCGAGCUGGUUGGCCGCAAUGGAAGUUGCUCCAAGUAUCAACCCCAAUGCCCGCUGGGACUCUUCGACUUGAUUGGAGUCCUCGUGUGAUCCCUGAAAAAUCGUCGCAGUUUACUGUAUCGCCGCUCGCGCGAAACAAACACUCUAAUUGCGCCGGGCUGUUGGAAACCGGCCAUGUGUGUUGUCGAACGUAACACACUCUCUCAGUGUGGAAACCUCAGUCAUCUUUCAUUCAUUGGACAAAGAGAACGUAGUCCGAUUGAAGGACAUUUCGCCAAAAG